AUGUGCGAAUCUGAGGCGACUUCAAAUCUUCGAUUUAUGACAAUAAUCAACACUUCUGUGGUGGCCGAAAAAAAUUUGACUGAAAUUUUUCACUGGGCUCUGAAAAUCGAGAUUGGUGUGCUGUUUUUCAGGUAAAAAUUUGAAUUUUGGUAUCAAAAAUCGCCAAAUUCCAUGAAAAAUUCAAAUUUCCGAUCUACAGUACCCCCUACAGUACCCCAAAAUAAUUUGCAGUUGGAUCGAGUUCCUCUAUCUCUUCUACCUGUUCCUCUUCAUUCGCGCCAUGCAUUUCAACCUCAAUUUUUUGUUCAUGGUAUACGGUGGCCAAUAUUUUUGUUCAAUGGUUGCACGCAUUUUCAUACUGUACUAUCAGCUGGGUUACGGUAGGUGUGGCUACAGUAAUCUUUUUUUGAAAUUUUUAAUUUAAAAAAAUUAAAAAAAAAAAAAAAUUUUUUUUGAAAAAUUUUUAAAUUCAAUUUUUUCGCGCCGAAAUUUGAAUUUCAAAAUCUUCAGCUAAAUUACAGUAGGCUACAGUACCCCCUACAGUACCCCCGAAUUUUCCAGAAAAUCUCAAAGAUUGGCUAAUUUUAUCGAAUUACGUCAGAACUAUCGCCCUGGUCAUCGCUUUCAAUGUUUUACCGAUUUUCAUGUUUGAAAGGUGGGUACAGUAACCCAAGGGGUACUGUAGCUAGCUACAGUAAUCCUUUUUGCAGAUGCGUCGCCACAUUUCUGGUCAAAAACUACGAAAAAUCAAUAAAAUUCCACGUGCCAGUCAUAAUUUUACUCAUAUUUUUCCCGUUUUGCGGAAUUUCCGGAUUCGCCUACAUACAGUGUAAGAAGUUUCACGUGGAAAAACCGUAUGCCACGUGGCAUUAUCGAUUGAUUUUCUUCUUACAGGCUGGAUUCCGUUGACUCUGCUCAUCGCCGGAUUUUUUGUGAUCAACAUCACCGGAUAUUUGGGAAUCAAUAGUAUAAGGGAUUUCAAUGUGAAGCGGCAUAGGUACGGUGGGAUUUUGACGUCAGAAUAGCCACGUGGCGAAAUUUUCGCAGAAUUUUUGAAUUCACCGUGAAAUUUGGAGUGUUUUGAUACCAAACAUGGAUUUUUUUGCAGAAAAUUCAACACUGUGACCCGAAAAUCAUCGCCGUAUGUUUUAAGCGAACGCUUUCAGCUCGCUGAAAACAUCAAAAUGUUGGAUAUUUUGAAGAAAGUUCAAAUCUCGAUUCUAUUCUUCAACGUAGCUUCAACUUCCAUCCUUCUGAUGGAUUAUUUUCGAAUAGAUCCCAUCAUUUUGUAUACGAGUUAUAUGAUUUACAAUUAUUUUUUGGCACUUUAUGCGAUAACUGUGCCGAUUAUUUUGCACGCUUCAUUACCGGAGUGGAAAAAAGAGACGAAACGAUUGAUUUUGAAGAUUAGAGGGAAGAAUGCGGUGGGUGUAUGCCCGAGGAAUACUUUUGGCAAGCAAAUGAUUUAUACGAAUCCGAAAGAAGAGGCGGAUAUUUAUUUUACACAAUUUGACAGUGUUUUGAAUAAAGUUUGA